ACUCCACCCACUGGAACAGUUUUUCACAGAAACCGAAUUUUACACAACACCGGAAAGCAGCUCCCUUUAUUAUAUCCCUUAAUUAUUCUGUCGCAUUUAAUUAUUUAAAUUAACAUCAAAUAAAUGCUGGUUUAACAUAAGGAAAAUCAAUACACUCAACAUAAAAAAGUUUUCACUUGAACAAUUAAUCAAUGUUAAAUUAACAAGUGGUAACUACAAAUAAUUCAUUGAUGAAAGGUAUAAAAAAAUAAAAAUCUUGUUCAUUUAACAAAUGUAAAUUAGGAAACUUAAACAUCGAUAAAUAAUGAUAAACAUCGAUAAAUAAUGAUCUCUGCUACAGUAUCACAAAUGGAAAAAAAAAAAAAACCCUUUACAUCUGCCUACGUAAGUUGUCUAACACUGAGAAAGAGAAACAAAGCAGGAAGUGUGUUUCAUAUAAAGUUGCUUAAGACAAAGAGUUAUUUCAGAGAGUGUAGCUGCCCUCAGAAGAGAUCAGAAAGAUGUUUGAGUACAAGGUGUCUGUUGCAACUGGCCAUCAUCAGUUAUUUGCUGGGACAAUAAACAGCAUUUACGUGACAUUAGUUGGAACAGAGAGAAGCAGUGACAAAACUCUGCUUGACAAAUCCUUUUUUGAUCGUUUUGGAGAGGAACUUUUGCAAGAGUACACCUUUGACAUCCAUGUGAAGGAGGACCUUGGAGACAUCAUUCAGGUGAAACUUGAGAGUGAGAGAUACGUUUGCAAUUAUCAGUGGUACUGUAGGUGUAUCAAAGUGAACACACCAUUUGGAAUCUGCCUUGAGUUCCCUUGCUAUCAAUGGAUAACAGAUGAAAAGGAAGUGGUUCUUCGAAGAGGCACGGCUCUAUUACCUCAGGAUGAAACCGAUUUCUGUAAAGACCAAAGAUGUGCUGAACUGGAAUCAAGACAAAAAACGUUCAGAUGGAGUUGCUUACCAUCGGUCUUUCCCAUGAGCAUAGACGCCGACUCUACUAAUCUUCCACAAGAUGUUCAGUUUGAAACAGAUAAAACUGUGAGCUUCAAGCAGAAUGUCUGCAUGGCGAUAGAGAAUCGUAGCCUUAAUAAAUUUUUGAGCAUGUUCCAGUCCUGGGAAGAUAUUGCAGACUUUCAAAAGAUAUAUUUGAUAUUCAGGAAAACUGAAAGAGACUGGACAGACCAUGUGAUGGAAGACUGGAAAACCGAUAAGAUGUUUGGCUAUCAGUUUUUAAAUGGCUGCAAUCCUGUGAUGAUUAAGAAGUGUGAGAACAUUCCAGGGAACUUUCCAGUUACACAGGAGAUGGUGAAUGGCUUCCUGGAGAGAGGUCUUACUCUGCAGGAAGAGUUAAAGGCAGGAAAUAUUUACAUAGCAGACUAUGAAAUACUGGAGGGUGUGCCAGCCAAUACCAAAGACUCAAAGACUCACCAGUAUUUGGCUGCACCCAUUUGCCUUCUGUACAAGAACACAUUUAACCAUAUUGUGCCAAUUGCCAUUCAGCUCAGUCAAACCCCAGGGGAGGAGAGCCCAAUCUUUCUACCAAACGAUGAUCAGUAUGAUUGGAUGCUUGCCAAGAUGUGGGUAAAGUCCUCUGACUUCAAUGUACACCAGAUUGUGACACACCUUCUGAGAACACAUCUGAUCACUGAAGUUUUUGCCAUUGCAAUGUUCAGAACACUCUCUUCAGUCCAUCCUGUAUACAAGUUACUGACACCUCAUGUUCAUUACACCAUUGCCAUCAACACCUUAGCCCGUGAAGAGCUCAUUGGUGACGAUGGGAUCUUCGACAAGGCUUGUAGCAUAGAUUCAAAUGGAAUUAAGCAAGUUGUCCAAAAAGCCAUGGGAAGAUUAACCUACAAGUCCAUGUGGUUCCCUGAGGACAUAAAAGCUAGAGGAAUGGACAGCCAGGAAGAUAUUCCCAACUACUACUACAGGGAUGAUGGCUUGAAGGUCUGGGAUGCAGUGAAACGUUUUGUGUCUGAUGUGGUUGAGGUCUACUACAAAAAUGACGAGAAUGUUAAGAAGGAUGAUGAGAUUCAGGCAUUUGUUUUGGAGGUUUCCAGCCAAGGCUUGAAGAAUUGUGGUGAUCAUGACUUUCCAAAGACCCUGGAAUCUCGAGAGCAGUUAACUCAAUACCUGACUGUAAUAAUCUUCACAGCUUCAGCACAACAUGCUGCUGUCAACUUUGGACAGUUUGACUGGUAUGCCUGGAUCCCCAACAGUCCUUCCACCAUGCGGAAGGAACCUCCCAGAAAAAAGGGACAAGUGAAUAUGAAGUACAUCAUGGACAGUCUGCCUGACCGUCAUCGUUCCUGUUGGAUUUUGGGAACUGUCUGGAUCCUCACACAGCUCCAAAAGAAUGAGCUGUUUUUAGGUAUGUAUCCAGACAACCACUUCACUGAGCAGCCUGUCAAGAAUGCCUUGGAAACUUUCCGCAAGAACCUUGGUGAAGUGACCAAGUUCAUAAACAACCGAAAUGAUGAGUUAAAAUUACCCUAUAAGUAUUUGUCACCAGACAGAAUUCCCAACAGUGUUUCAAUUUGAGAAAAUAUCUGUGGAAAAAUUUUGUAAACCCUAACUGAAGUGUUUUCAGCCAGCGUAAACUUAAGAUGUAAAGACACGGUAGUGAAUAACAGCUUAAAUACAAAACAAAAUUCUUGCUUAUACGGAAGCCUAGAGAGGCCAUACUUUUUUUCUCAUGAUCUUUUGACAGCUUGUUUUCUCAAGAUUUUAAAAAAGUUCUUUUUAAAACUACUAUUAUUUCAUAAAUCAUCACUCAUUAUCAACAUCCCAUUAAUUUUGCUCUGUGUUUUGAUGUAUGGCAGGGGUUCCCAAAUACAUUUCUGGAGCCUCCCCAACACUGCAUGUUUUCCAUGUCUCUUAGAUCAAACACACCUGAUUCAGAUCAUCAGCUCAUUAGUAGAGACUCCAAGACCUGAAAUGGGUGUGUCAGACAAAGGAGACAUGCAAAAUGUGCAGUGCUGGGGAGGCUCCAGGAAUGUGUUUGGGAACCCCUGGUGUAGGGUAUAAGGUGGUGGUGUCCGUUCUUUGCUUAAUACAUGAUGAUUUGACAGAUGCCAGAUCUUCUAAUCGUGAUAACUGAACUCUGGCUAAUUUGGUUCUUCUAACGAAUUUGUGGAUUUGAUUAAAAUAUCCUGUCUAAAAUAAAGUUGUCUGAGAUUACACAGUUCUUUUGUUUAUUGGAAAAAGCAGAUAUAUCGAUAUACAAAACCACGAUCAGCAAUACAAUGAUUGGCUGGCAGCAAGACAGCAAUGUAUUAUCAUAUUAAAAAAGAAAAUCACAAACCUGAUGAAAACCUUGACAAAUUUUUGGACCUUUAUAAGGAAACAGCCAAGCGACCAAAACGACAAGUUAUAAUAGAUAAAUGAAAUGUACUGUUUGUUACAUGAUUCCAAGUAUUUCCAUUUUUCAUGAUUUCUAGAAUUUGUACAGGCUUUACAUUUUUACUUUAAUGUUGUAAUUAGCAAUUCAUUUAAUUUUACCUUUGAGACAGAUGUUAAGUGACAGCAUUAAUUAAAGUUUCUUAAGAGUCAAGAACAUUUUUCUAAUGGCACAGCAUUUUUACAGAUAUUGUCAUUUCCUGUGCUGCAUCAAGCCACUCCAAUAAUAGCUGUCACCAUUCAAAUGAAUGCACAGCUUAGACUAACUAACUGUACAUCAUGUGUGUGAGACUCCAAUGAAAUUAUUAGAUAAUUAUUCCCUCAGGGAUAAAUCUCUACGAGUAAAACUGGUUGUGUCUACAUUAUGAGAGACUACAGAACAUUACAAUAUUAUUUGCAAAUGUAUUUUUAAAUCAUUAUUAUUGUCCCUGUUUCACAUUAGGGUACGCUUGUAAGAAAGUAGCAGUGGCUGGGACAGACUUUACGGAUCACAUUGAAUUAAAAAGAUCUAAUCCUGUUUACAUAAAAUAAGCCUGAUCCUGAGCAGGUUUGAGCUUUGAAGAACCUAACAAUCCUGGAUCAUGUCAAAUCGUCAGGAGUAAAAUUCAGAUAACAGAGUAAUCUACAUACGAAGAAUGGGCCUCUGGGUUAAUAAUUAAAAUAUAUAAAUGUAAUACUUUUCGUCAAUUCAACCUCAUUACUGUUAUACCUUUCAAAUUUGUUUGUUUUCUGUAAUCACUUUCAAAAAUUUUGUUUGUGUAAAGUGGAACUAAUGAAUAGUGGGAGGGAUGAAGUACAUGAUGAUGUUUUUUUUCCUUUUCAAAUCAGAAUAAAAUUGUUUUAAAGCUUG